AUGAUGGACAUGCCACCCCUUUCCCUCAAGCGAGAAGCAGACGCUGAGCUGGACUCGCCGAAUGCCAAGCAGCCAUGCCUCGAAGCAACACCCCAUGAGUCCCCUCACAAAGCGCUCAGCGCUGAGCAGCAAUCCAUCGAGACCCCAACACCACCCCCCAAACGCACCCUCCCCAAACAAACUUGCGCCGUCUGCUGGGACCCCGUCCCCACGAGCCAAUUCAAAAAGUUCGCAAGCUGUCCCCACGAACGCUGCAACAAAACCUGCAACUUCUGCUGGACGAAAGUGAUCAAAACCCGAGGAAUCGAAGAUCCCACCACUCCGAUAAGAUGCUUCGAGUGUGAGGAGGUGUUGGAGAAGAAGCAGGUGAUCAAGAUGUUAAAUGGGAAUCAGAGGGAUAUUGCUCAUUAUGAGUAUCGGUGCAAGACGGUACAGAUGCUCGAUAACGACGAGAGGGGGUGUAGUCGGGGAUCGUGCAAAUCGUUCCAGGUCCACGAGAGCCAGGAGAGGGUCUUCGCCUGCGUCGCUUGCUCGGCUCAAGACUGCACGUUCUGCAGCGCGCCCGAGCACGCCGGCGAGACGUGCCGGCAGUACCAAGCUCGUCUGCUCGCCGAACACGGCGAUGAAGAAGCCGCAACAGCAGCCUCCCUCCGCAUCAGCGCCAUCGACGCAACCGGCAUGUCCAAGUCCGAGUUCGCGAAGCAAGACAAACUCCCAACGCCGUGUCCAGGCUGCGGGAUCCUCAUCGUCCGAGCGGAAGAUUGCCAUAUCAUGCACUGCACCGUCUGUAGCAUGCACUUCUGCAUUCGAGUGGGUUGUGGAGCGAAGUAUUUGGGAUCCGGCACCGUUGUUCCUCUUGUGGGCAAUGCCGCUCACGCGAGUACGUGUCCACACCAUCACCGGGCGGAGGAAGAUAAGAGGUAUGUGAAGCAGGACCCGAAAGCGAGGAAGACAGGCCAAGUCGGCGGGGGAGGCACUGCUGCGCCUGGAAUCUCGAAGAGAGGCGUCGAGAAAGCGACCGAGAUCUCGAGUUCAGCAGGAGAGUCAAAGCCAGAGGUGAUGGGAAGAGGCUCUUAG